AUGUAUCGUUAUUCAUUGGUUAAAUCAAUUACAACACAACAUAAUAAACCACUAGCUACGGUACCAAAACCAUUGCAAUGGGGCAUUGAUAAUGAAAUUAAGGCAAACCUAAAGUAUGAAGAGGACAUGCUGAAAGGAGAUGGUGUUGUCAGAAGUUGUGGGCUUGUAGUAAGUCCAAAGUGGCCAUGGCUGGGUUGCAACCCAGAUGGUGUUGCAGUAAAAGGUGGGGUUCCUGUUGCCUUUGUUGAAAUUAAAUGCCCAUGUGCAAGCAAAGAUUUAAAUAUCUCUGAAGCUGUACCCAGCAGUACAAGAUUCUUCCUAAAACAAACUGAAAAUGAUUGGAAGUUUAAAGAAAAACAUGCCUAUUACUACCAGUGUCAAGGUGUAGUAAACAUUUUAAACUUAGCUAGAAUGGACUGA